AUGGAUAAAAAUCCCGAGACAGAGCUACUCGCUGCAAACUCCUCUCGCGGUCGCGAGGCCUCGGCUUAUCUUUCGUUCGUUGUCGACCUAUACAAUGAGCUCCCCGAAUACUCAAUUUUUCUCCAUGCCAAUCCCGACCAGUGGCAUAACGACUUGUUUGGUCCCAAAACAAGCAGUGCUUUGCACAGCCUACGCCGCGAAGCAGUGGAUGCGAUGGGGUAUUUGAACCUGCGCUGUACGAAUGACCCAGGCUGUCCGAUUCACGUCAAUCCCAAUAACCCCACGCAAACAGACAUUGACAAGAAUGAUGCCCGAGCAAACUUUCGGAGGAUAUACAAGGACAUAUUUGGAGAAGAUGCGGACGUCCCGGAACAUAUUGGUGGAAUCUGCUGCGCGCAGUUUGCGGUCAGCCGAGCACGCAUCUGGCAGCGACCCAAAAGCGAUUAUAUCCGUAUGCUGAACUGGGUGAAUGAAAAGAGUGUGCCGCUUGUUGAUGAUUACGGUGUUGGGUGGGUGUUUGAAACUUUGUGGCAUAUAGUGUUCGGCAUGGAAGGGGUCCAGUUAUUGCCCUCUUUACGAACAAUGCCGGUGCGACAACUAUGGAUGGUGUGGACCCUUGCCAUCUGGAAAAACUCUUACGGCCAUUAUGGCACCACAAAAGAAGCUGCCUAA